GGCAACUCGCAGUCAGUCUCGCAAUGGCGUUACUAGGAGUUAGUCGUGUGUUCGUUUAGUUUAACAUCAACCCGAGCGGACACCGGCCCAAAAUAUUGGCCUGUCUACUCCUGCUCGAAUUACACGAAAAAACUUCCUGUAAUUCUUUUACGCAACUUAAUUAAAGUAGUCAUCGCCACGGACAGUCAAAUUUUGGUACGAUAUCCACUCAGGGCGAAUCAUUUCAAGAUCAUGUACAUCUCAUCGUAGUUCCUCAUUGUUUUAAGUGUUUUGUGUUGUGUUGUGAACUUAGUGUGACAGUGUUGUGUUUGUGAUGGAUCCGGGAUCGCCUUCGCUGUUAUGGCCGCUGCGUAUGAGCAAGCCGGCAGUGACAGUGCCGGUGACAAGUGGGGAGCAUAGUAAGGCGGAGGAAAGGUCGCAGUCGCCAGCCCUUGCGGAACGGCUGUCAGUGGCAUCCUCCCCGAGCAGUCCGGCGCCCAGUAGCCCUGCCCCCCCUCCGCAUCAGUUCCAAGCGGCUCUCGUAGCUGAAAAGUACCUCUUACUAGAACAAGUGGAAGGUUCAUCCUUAUGCCGAUGUGUGGACGUGCGCACACAAGAGGAAUAUGUCUGUAAAGUGGUGUCGAGAGAUUGUAGCAGCUUACUUCAAGCCCACUACCGCCUCGAUGGGCAUCCGCACGUUAAUCCCAUACAUGAAGUUCUAGUCGGCGAUAAGAGGGUGUACCUAAUUUUUCCAAGAUCCCAUUCCGAUCUCCACUCAUAUGUGAGAGCGCGAAAAAGGCUACGAGAGCACGAAGCUCGAAGAUUGUUCAGGCAAAUGGCUGAAACUGUCGCUGCUUGUCAUGAACAAGGCAUCGUGUUACGAGAUCUAAAAUUGAGAAAAUUCGUUUUCGCUGAUCCACAAAGAACGACGUUAAAAUUAGAAUCAUUGGAAGAUGCUGUUGUCCUCGAUGAUCCAGAAGAAGAUCUCCUGCAAGAUAAACGUGGCUGUCCAGCUUACGUCUCUCCAGAAAUCCUGAGGGCCCAUCGAACGUACUCGGGAAGAGCAGCAGACAUGUGGUCUCUCGGCGUCAUACUGUACACGAUGCUCGUCGGAAGGUAUCCAUUCAACGAUUCCGAGCAUGCGUCGUUAUUCGCGAAAAUAUCACGGGGUUACUUCGUGGUACCCGAAUGCCUGUCGUCGCGGGGCAAGUGCUUGAUACGUUCUUUGUUACGGCGGGAAGCAUGUGAGCGUCUGAGCGCCAGGGACGUCCUCAGACACCCGUGGCUUGCACGAGACCCUAGAAACGAGCUACCGCCCCGUGCCGCCGCGUCCCACGAUCGAUUAGUUCCGGACGUCGACAUGGAAGAAGAUUGUAUCUAGUUCUCAAUCAGUUAAUUCAAAGAGCAGCUCAUAACCGGUGCUGGCAUCGGUAAAGGGAAACACUAGUUUCAUAACCAUAUUGUUUGCAAUAGUCUGUCCAGAGUUCCAGGCGCAACGUCUGAACUGGUACAUUCUGUAUGAUAAAUAAAAAGAUGUAAACAGUAUCAGCGCGCGUAGUGAACGUACGUUGUGAUUCAAAUAUAUUUAUGAAUUUAUUAUAAGUUAUUCCGGCCUAUGUCCGCUGUAAGGUUGCGGUUGCGCUCACUGAAAUAGUCUAUUACAAAAGCCGAAAUCAUUACCGCGUGUUCAAUGUUAUUUCAGUAGUAGUACCCGAAGCCAAAUGAAGGUCUCUUUGGAGAUUUUAUUUUAGUGAUUAAGGCCCAUGUGGGAUCAGUUGGCGGGGACGGCUGGCCCGCUCCCCGCCACAAUCUAAUUUAUAAACUAGAAGCUCGAAAUCUGCAAUAAGAAUCGCAUAAUUCAACCGGCGCAAACAAACUGCUCCAACAGAAUUACAGUUUUAUGCGGGUUUUAUUGGCGGUAUUUUGUUCAAGCUUUUACGAGCUGUGGUGUAGUCAUAAUGUUUGUAAUGACAGAAUAAGUGAGACUGAUAUCGCGUUCUUGUGAUCUUUGGAAGCAACCGGCGAGUCUCAGCUCGUCGCGCAUGGAGACCGAUUCGGACUUUGAGACAGAUCAUUUGGUGUCCACCAUGCGCCGUCCACCGCCGGAGCGGGGACGUACAAAUAUUUAUUUCAUUGUCCGGAACUGUCCGUGUCGAAUUAUUUAUAUGAAGCAUUAUGUUAACUAUUACGUUAAAUCCUCUUAAGCCUAAUGUAACCAUAUCAAUUUCACAACAGUAUAGAUUUCUAUAUUGCAUUGAAAUUGUUGCUGUUCGUUGUAGCCUUAGGUAAAUUACCUAUGUAAAUGUAUAUUUUGUAUUUAUAUAAAAGUAAACUUAUAUCAUGUAAUUGUGAUCUCCACCGAUGUUAUUUAGCGAUUAUUAUAUUGCCAUUACGUUGUUAUGCAGAAGUGAUAGUUCUUUUGUUGCAACUUUCGUUCGCUUCCAUCAUAGAGUUAUUUUUAUUAUAUGUAUUAUUUGGUUAUAUUAAAUCGUGAUUAUUUGUAAAAUCGACAGUUAACGAUUAUUAUUGUGUUAUUAUUAUAUAAAAUCAGAAAAUUAUGUUUGAAAAUUAUUGAAAAUAUUUACUUAAUCGCCACCAUGUACCGAGAAUGGUCGUAGAAUUUGGUCUGUGCCAUUUAUUUAAUUUAAACGUAAUAAUUUAUUUGUUGUUAAUAAUUGACGGUGUGAAGGCGGCACUUCUUCCUAUAAGCUAAAUUAUUUUUCCAUUUGGUACUUGGUGUUGAGUUUUUAUUGUGAUUGAAAUUUUGAGAUCAAUUUUUCGUUUUCUUUUUUUUUCUAUUAGUAAAUUAAUUUUACCCAAAUUAAAAAUCAAUAAUGUUACCAUUUCUAAAUUUUUUACAUAUGUUUUUUUAUUUUGCAAUAAUUUCAUUUACAUUAUAAUUUGCGCCGUGGUUGUUCAUUUUCAUUUCGUUAAAUACAAUCUCGGGCGUCGGCGGUGGACGCGGGGGCGUAUGUUACGUCACUUCCGUGUUCCGCUGACGCUGGAAAUAGAAUUUGAACUCCCAUGGUAAUGGCCCUCUUAAAUCUUUAAAUAGUAGUCAAGACUUUCAGUGAUAAAAGCGUGUUGUACAAUAGUAGCCUAUCUGUAAAAUAUUACUACUUUAAUUUAUACAAACUGUAAAUAGUGCUAAGGUACCCUAAGAAGAGAAAAGAUGAUAAAA